AUUUGCUUUGCUUUGGUCUCUCUCCUAAUUUGCUUUGCUUUGGUCGGUUUCCUAGCAGAUGCCCACUCAAUUAUUUGCUUUGCUUUUUGACUUCAUAGUAGACGAUGCUCUGUAGUCUCUACCCGAUCGUUCUCAUGAUAAAUCAAAGAGGUAGACUUUGAUUGAUCUCCAGUUUUCUCCAACACAUCCAUUCUUCUCUGCUCCCUCUGUUCAAUGACUACUACUACUACUACAAGAGUCAAUGAGCCCGCCUCCUCCUCCUCCUCCCCUUCCGCUUCUCGAUGCAGCAGCGGCAGCUAUCACGUGUUCUUGAGCUUCAGAGGCCAGGACACUCGCUGGACCUUCGCCGACCACCUCUACACGGCUCUUAAGAACGCCGGAUUUCGCACCUUCAGGGACGACGAUGAAAUCCAAAGAGGAGAAAGCAUCAAGGUUGAGCUGCGGAGGGCAAUCGAAGAGUCGAGGGUUUCAAUAGUUGUCUUCUCCAGAAACUACGCGUCUUCGACCUGGUGCCUCGAUGAGCUUGCGAUGAUCCUCGGAAGACGACGGAGGGGGGACUGUGCCCACGUGGUCCUGCCGGUGUUCUACGGCGUGGAUCCGUCGGAUGUCAGGAAACAAAAGGGAGUUUAUGCGGAGGCAUUUGCGAGGCAUGAAGAUCGAUUCAAGUUCGAGGUGGGAGAGGCUGAAGCAGCAAAGGAGUGGAAGGAGAAACUAAAGGGGUGGAGGGAAGCGCUGGAGGAAGUUGCUGGCUUAGCAGGAAUGCCUUUACCAGAUGGAGGUGAUAGGCACGAGUCAAAGUUUAUCCAUAAAAUUGUCAAGGUGGUUGAAGACAAGCUAAGGCGGGCAAGAGUCUUGAAUGUUGCCCCUUACGCCGUUGGACUAGAUUCCCGUGCCAAAAGCAUUAAUUUGUGGUUACAAGAUGGAGGGCUUGAUGUUGAAAUUAUUGCCAUUUGUGGGAUGGGUGGAAUUGGCAAGACAACCAUUGCCAAAUUUGUGUACAACUCAAACUUCUCAAAAUUUGAAGGUAGCAGCUUCAUAGCAAAUAUAAGAGAAAUUUCUGGACAACAAAACGGUUUAAUUCGUUUACAAAGCCAACUUCUUUCAGAUAUUGUGGGAAGAAAAGAGGAAGAAAUACGCAAUGUUGAUGAAGGGAUUCUUAAGAUUAAAGAAGUUAUUGGUUUUAAAAGAGUUCUUAUAGUUCUUGAUGAUGUGGAUAAACGGGAACAAUUAGACGCAAUCCUUGGAAUGAAGGAUUGGCUAUCUCCGGGUACCAAAUUGAUCAUAACUACUAGACAUGAGCAAUUACUAAGAGCUCAUGAGUGUUGGAAAGUACACAAGGUAGAGGAGUUGGAUCACAAUGAAUCCCUGCAGCUUUUCAGUUGGUAUGCCUUUGGACAAAGCCACCCUAUUGAUGGUUAUUUGGUAGACUCAGAAAGGGCAGUAUAUUAUUGCAGAGGGCUUCCAUUAGCUGUUAAAAUUUUAGGUUCUUCCCUAUCUGGUGAAAGUUUAGAUGUGUGGAAAAGUCGACUACAAAAAUUGAAGGCAAUUCCUGACAAUGAAAUCCUUGAAAAACUCAAACUAAGUUACGACUCUUUACAAGAUGACCACGACAAAGAUUUAUUCCUUGAUAUUGCUUGCUUCUUUGUUGGACGGGACAAAGACACCACAAUUACAAUCCUAGAGGGAUGCGAUUAUUUCGCAUUGGUUGGGAUUCAAAAUCUUAUUGACAGAAAUAUGUUAACCAUUGAAGGUAACAAGCUGGUGAUGCAUCAAUUGAUUCAGGAAAUGGGAAGGGAAGUUGUCCGGCAAGAAUCACCGAAAGAGUUAGGAGAACGCAGUAGGCUCUGGAAUCGCAAGGAUUCCUUUAGUGUCUUGCACAGAAAAACUGGCACAAAAAAAAUCAAAGGCCUUGUUGACAUGCAUUUCUUGAAGGAAGAUGAGUUUGAGUGGAACAAGUUUGGGCCCAACAGCUGCUCUAAAAAGCGGAAGAGGUUUCCCUUUAGUAUCUUCUCUGAUUUCCCUAUGGGCAUUACUACAAAAAAUUCAGAUGUAGCUUUGGAAGGUGAUGCAUUUUCAGGGAUGUCCAAUCUACAACUUUUGGUGAUUAGUCAUGUACAAUUAUUUGGAAACUAUGAAAAUUUCCCCAAAGGAUUGAGGUGGUUGCAUUGGUCUCGUUUCCCUUUACAAAGGAUACCCAACAAUUUUCGUUUGGACAUGCUGGUUGCUCUUGAAAUGCCUUAUAGUUGCUUGAAAAAGGUUUUGAAUGGAACCAAGUGUCUCCAAUUACUGAAAAUCCUUAAUUUAAGUCAUUCCCAUUAUCUUUUUGAGACUCCUGAUUUCUCAAGGUUGCCGAAUCUUGAGAGACUUGUACUUGAAAAUUGUACUAGGUUGGUUAAGGUUGAUGAAUCGAUUGGAUGCCUAGAAAGACUUGUUUUCUUAAACUUGAGAAAUUGUCAAAGCUUGAGGGAGCUUCCACAAACCUUUUAUAAGCUAAAAUCUCUGGCAACACUUGACCUUAACGGUUGCUUUAAUCUUGGAAAUUUUUCAGCAGAGCUUUUACCAGACGGAACUGCAAUAAAUCCAUUAUUCUCCAUCACUCGGAUGGUGAAAGCAUGGCUUUUGUCUGCAUGGCCUUGGCCACUAAAUCCAAGAAGUCGGCCAAAAUUUUCAUUGGUUUCUUUUCCACCGUCUUUGGUACAUUUAAAUCUUGCAAAUUGCAAUCUGUCUGAUGACAGUUUCCCUAGGGAUUUUAGCAGCCUAUCCUCAUUGCGGCGGUUGUAUUUGAGCGAGAAUCCAAUUUGUAGCCUCCCAAAUUUCAUUAGGGAUCUUUCUGGGCUCGAGGUGCUAGACUUAACGUCAUGCCCAAGGCUUUUGACACUUGACGGGCUGCCUCAAAGUUUACAGCUUUUGGAGGUUGAUGGAUCUAAAUUGUUGGAAAAAAUAAGCUUUGACUCGACAGAUUUUAUUAUCGACGAUUGUUGUGUAGCUUAUUAUGAUUGCCCGAGGCUAGUUGAGUUUUCGGGCUUAUUCAAAGUAAAACGCUUAGAAAGUGAUGAUGCAGAGCUAAUUAGCAAUUUGGGCUUAUGUGACUUCUUCGAAGGCCGGAUAAAAUCAUACAAAGAGUUAUCAAUCUUUACAUCACAUAAAACGUGGAUGUCUCCUCCCCUAGGAUCACACCAUCCUACAUAUGAAUCUUAUGUUCUUGGAAGCAAGAUACCUAACAGAUUCAAUCUUAAGAAUGUAGGAUCAUCAAUAUCUUUUACCAUGCCUUCCGAUGCUAAUUUCAGAACUCAAGGGUUGUCUGUAUGUUAUGUUUAUGCAUUUCACAACCACACGACUUCAUUAUAUGAUGCUUCAUGGUUUAAUGAUCUUUUGUGGGGAAAACAGUACUUUUGCACAAUUAUCAGUAAUGCAACCAAGCAAGUGAAAUGGAGCUAUAAACAAGAACUUUAUGGCAAUCCGCCAAAUGAUCGUGGGGACGUAACGUGGUUAAGUUAUUGGAAGUUUGAGGAUCAAUUGGAAGGUGGAGAUGAAGUGAAUAUUUCAGUUACAAGUGAUGUUUUUCAAGUGAAGGAGGUUGGGGUUUAUAUUGUGUACAAGGAGGAGGAGGCAGAAGAAAAGAAGAGCACACAAUCUCUUAGUUUAGAAGUUCCCCAACAAAUUCAUCCCUAUGGGAAUGUAGUUCCUGGUGGCUUUUGUAACGGGGAUUGCGAGAACUGCACUGGACUCAUUCUUCAUGAUGAUCAGUUUGAUCAUUUCGGGAUUGGGUGGCCAAUGGCCUCGAGUGGAAUUUUCGGGUUAUCAAGUAGGUUCAAGCUUCGAUCUAAUAAAUAAAUGAUGAGUUUUUUUUUUUUAGUGCUAUUUCAUGUCCGUUUAGUUUAAGAUGAAAGUACCAUUGAUGGAAUUAUUCUAUCGAAGUUGCCAAAUAAUGAGAAGCUGAAUUUUGAGAGAGAGGAAAGGAUGGGAGCAAGUGGGCCUCACUUGCAUGCUGCUGCUGCUGCUGCUGCUUCUUUUCUUUUGCUGCUCCACCCUCUCUUCUUCUUUCUUUCUUUCUUUGAAAAUUGGAAGGUAAUGAUGGGUUGAUAUGUGUACAACUCAAAGACUUUGCCACUUUUUGCAAAACCUGUAACAGAAAGGAAGUUAUUAGGAUUGCAUGUUGGCAUUCUAUUAGUGCUGCCACUGUAUCCAUUGCAUUUAACUAUGUUGGCAUUCUGUGAAUCUCCAUCCUAUUCAGUUUGUUAGCAUGCAUGUUUAUGGAACAGUAUGUUUUGACACGGUUACUUCUUUGUUUA